AUGGAUAAUCAUGUUUCUACCUAUUUUUUCACCCUGGUCGACAAUAAGGACAAUGAAAGGGUUAAAUCCAUAAAACCUAUCAAUGUAGAAUCUGUGCACAAGAUAUGCUCCGGUCAAGUGGUGCUUAGUUUAGCAGUAGCAGUGAAAGAACUAGUCGAAAACUCGCUAGAUGCUGGGGCCACAAAUAUAGACAUACGAUUUAAAAAUCACGGAAUAGAUCUGAUAGAGGUGGCUGACAAUGGGUCUGGAGUUACAGAAGAUAAUUUUGCAGCGUUAACCUUAAAAUACCAUACUUCUAAACUAAACGAGUACUCAGACUUACUGGGAGUCUCCAGUUUCGGAUUCAGAGGAGAGGCAUUAAGUUCCUUAUGUGCACUGGCUAACCUCACCAUUGUCACCAGGCACAAAAGUUCUGAUCAUGCAACAAAGUUGGAGUAUGAUCAUAAAGGAAAUAUUGUAAAGAAGACUCUUUGUUCUCGUCAAGUUGGAACCACAGUCAGUUUAUCUAAUUUAUUUGCUUCACUACCAGUCAGACAGAAGGAGUUUCACAAGAAUGCUAAAAGGGAAUUCAAUAAAAUGACUCAGCUGCUAUAUGCAUAUUGUCUUAUCUCAUUAGGAGUAAAAAUAACUUGUACUAACCAAACAAGUUCCAAUUCUAAAAGUUCAGUGGUUGCCACACAGGGAUCAGCUUCCUACAAGGACAACAUAGCUUGUGUAUUUGGAACAAAACAAUUGCAAUCCAUCCUAGAAAUCAAGCCUGAGCAGGUUUCAAAUAUUAAGGACAAUAUUUUCAAAGGACUUUCAGGAAUGUUCAAGAGUGAAGAGAGUGUUGUACUUGAAGAUGUUGAGAUCAAUCUGUCAGAAGAAUCUAAUGAUGCUGAUGAAUCAUGUAUUGAGAGCUCACAAGAAGCUCUAACCUGCUCUCAAAAAUCACAGGGCUAUAAAAAUGUAACUGACCCUGUAGAAUUCACAGGCUUCAUAUCAUCUUGUGCCCAUGGUAGUGGUCGCUCAAGCACUGACAGACAGUUUUUCUAUGUCAAUUCAAGACCUUGUGAACCAACAAAAAUUAUGAAAGUUGUCAAUGAAACUUACAGACAGUAUAACCCACAUCAGUACCCCUUUGUGUUUCUAAACAUGACCUUAGAUAGAAUGUCUGUUGAUGUAAAUGUAACACCAGACAAAAGAAAACUGUUCCUCACUAAAGAGAAGAUAAUUUUGGAUGUUAUGAAAGCAUCUUUAUUAAAACUGUUUGAAGCCAUACCAAGAACUUUAAAAAUAGAACCAAAUGCUAAUCUUUAUAGCCAAAAAACUGAAAAUGUUAAACCUGAAACAGACCAGCCUAGAAUUUUCAACUCCUUCAUGCAACGUUUUUCUAAGAAUCCUGUGGUAACUGUUCAGUCAGGAACUAGUAGCAAAGCAGAAACAAGACUAGUAGAUUUAAAGAGAAAAUCAACUACAAUGUUGGAUUUUAUAUCUUCCAAAACAAGCAAAUUAAAUGAUGAUGAUUACAUUGGCUCUGAACAAGCACAAGAUGAUUCUAAAUCUGAGAGUAUUCUAAUAGAAGUACCCGAUUCUGAUAAGUCAGUAGAAGAACAUAAUGAAACUAUGAAAAAUGAAAAUACCAUUGAUGAUUCAGUAGAAACACUCAAUGAAAGAAAUAAUACAGAUCCUUCGAAUGAUAGUAAUGAAUUAAAUCCUGAUAACACAACAAAAAACAUCAUGUAUUUAGAAGACUCUGAUAAUGUGCCAAAUACACAAAUUAGAAAAUUAACUGAUGUGAUUGAAAAAUCACACACGUAUCAUUGCAAUAAUAAAGACUUGACAAAAAAGAAUAAUGUUUCUUUGAAUUUCGAACAAAAAGACAAGCAAAAGAAACCAAAAAUUGUAGUUACAGAUAAGGAAGACUUAGGUAAAUGUAAUAGAAAAACUGUGAUUCUAAAAACAUCUCUUGCUCAUGUAAAAGCAUUAGCAGAAAUUAAUAAUAAGCAAAGUAAUAUGGUUGCACCAGAAAGAAUAAAAUUCAAAACUACUAUUAACCCUGUUUUUAAUAAGAAAUGUGAAGAAGAACUUAGCAAAGAAAUAUCCCAAGAUUCAUUUAAAAAGAUGAUUGUUGUUGGUCAAUUCAAUUUAGGGUUCAUAAUCACUCAAUUAGAAGAUGAUCUGUUCAUUAUUGAUCAGCAUGCAACUGAUGAGAUUUAUAAUUUUGAAACAUUGCAGAAAACUACAGAGCUUACAAGUCAAAAACUAGUCAUACCGCAACAACUUGAACUAACCGGUGUGAACGAACAAAUACUAAUGGACAACUUGGAAAUUUUCAAAAAGAAUGGGUUCACGUUUGAAAUAAAUGAAAAUGAUCCUCCAACAAAAAGAGUUAAACUCUUGACUAUUCCUAUGUCAAAAAACUGGAUAUUUGGGAAAGAAGAUAUUGAAGAAUUACUAUUUAUGCUAAGGGAAUCGUCAUCAGAGUACUGUAGGCCAAGCAGAGUGAGAGCAAUGUUUGCAUCUCGAGCGUGCCGCAAAUCAGUCAUGAUAGGCACAGCGCUGAGCAAAGCUGAUAUGAAAGUGCUUGUAGACCACAUGACAGAAAUUGACAACCCUUGGAACUGUCCUCAUGGCAGACCUACCAUACGCCACUUGGUGAAUUUAGCUAUGGUGCAUAAAAGCUUAUAGUUUUAUAUUUUAUCAACAAAUCAUCAUUAAUCAUGGCUGUUAUUAUGUAAUAUGUUAAAAAAUAAAUAGACGUUUUAUGU